CGCUGAAUCAGCAGCUGACGAGAUUCAUGUCGCUCGUCGCAGUCAGUCGCCGGCGGCUGGGAGUAGCCGCGAGGCUGUUUGUAUCAUCAUUAUCGCAAUCGUUCAAGUCACAAGUUGACGGACGGUUGUCAAAGACAUAGGAGCGAAAACAGCGAAAACAUCAGUCUCCUUCGUUUUUACAAGUCUUCUGCCGCAAUCUUCAUUGCGUCUCUUGCAGCAAUCUUCAUUACAAGUGGCACCCUGGCGAAAUGGACAUCUGGAAAAUAAUCGAUUUCGCAUCGCUUGACGGAGAAACUCAGGAGCUGAUAAAGGAGAGCGCGGCGGUCCGUGAAAACGCGUACUCGCCAUACAGUAAAUUCAAGGUCGGCGCCGCGGUACGAUGCGUCGACGGUAGCAUCUCACGAGGCUGUAACGUGGAGAAUGCGUCCUAUCCGGCGGGCGUGUGCGCCGAGGUCACGGCAAUCGCGCGGGCUGUGUCCGAGGGGAAGCGAAAGUUCACAGCGUUGGCCGUCGUCGCCGAUCAGGAAAACACUUCGUUUACCACGCCAUGCGGAGUGUGCAGGCAGUUCAUGUCCGAGUUUGGCGAAAACAUGCCCAUCUACUUGACGAGAUCCGAUAUGAAGAAAGUUCUACGGACUGAAGUGAACGAACUGUUGCCGCUCUCACCCUUCCGCACGAACGGUACGGAGACUUCAUAAUUUAUCCUCGUUGUUGAAAGCGAUGUUCAAACAACACGGAGGCUACAACGGAAGGCGUUGAAUUUUUCUAUGUACUUAUCCAGAGUAUUUAUCCAGAAUCGAACAUUUGUAAAUCUUGUUACAUUCAUAUGAUUCGGCAUAUCAACACGAGACUUUAUUUCAAUGAAAUUAAAAUCGACAAUGCAUAAGUAUUAUUUACAAUGAUGUGAUAUAUGUAUAUGAGUAAUGAAAUAGCUAUUGUAUAAAGUGACCAUGAGUUUACACACGCACACGCACACGCACACGCGCACGCGCGCGCGCACACACACACACACACACACACACACACACGAUACGAGACUAUCAUAAAAUCUUGAACAUGAUUAAUAAUUUCAUAAAAGUUAUAAAUGCAAAAGGAGGCGAUUGCGCACUUACGAGGAUUC